GGUUCAAUUCACCUGUACCAGACUUUGAAGUCAGUCUCUCUCUCUCUCUCUCUCUCUCUAUCUAUCUAAAGAUGGCGGUUUUACUCUUUUUUUAACCUCUAAAGAAAAGAAGAAAAAAAUUUCUCAAUGGAAAUGCCCGGUCGAAGAUCCAACUACACUCUCCUUAGCCAGCAGGCAGAAGAGCAACAGCAAGCAGCGGCAGCAUACUACGAGUCGUCUCUCUCAGGUGACUCGAAAAACAACAAACUAACAAUAAAGCAAGAGAGAAGCUUCGUGGAUUGGGAGUCGGAUCAUAGAGCAAUAGCAAAUCAACAGCAAGGAAACAGUAAUCGAAUUGGUUUGUAUCCAUCCCCUGCAGCGAUCGGGUUACAAAGGCAAUCGAGCGGGAGUAGUUUCGGAGAGAGUUCGUUAUCGGGAGAGUAUUACCCGCCGACGACUCUGUCAACGGGCGGAGGAAAUGAGAUUGAUCAGGCGUAUGGGUAUGAGGAUGGGAAUUUUGUGAGGGCGGCGGCCAGACCUCCCGUGGAUGUAUCUGCUAAUAAUGGAUCGUCAGGGAAGAGUUGGGCGCAGCAAACUGAGGAAAGUUAUCAGUUACAGCUGGCUUUGGCUUUGAGAUUGUCGUCCGAGGCCACCUGUGCUGACGAUCCUCAUUUUUUGGAUCCAGUUCCGGAUGAAUCAGCCUUGCGCUCCUCUACCUCUAACUCGCCAGAGGCCUUGUCUCAUCGAUUUUGGGUGAAUGGUUGCUUAUCAUACUUCAACAAAAUUCCCGAUGGAUUUUACCUAAUUCACGGGAUGGAUCCAUAUGUGUGGACUGUGUGCACUGAUUUGCAAGAUAAUGGUCGUAUUCCAUCAAUUGAAUCACUGAAGUCUGUGGAUCCCAAUGCUGAUUCUUCAAUGGAAGUGGUUUUGAUUGAUCGGCGUAGUGAUCCGAACUUAAAGGAACUCCAAAAUAGGGUCCAUGGCAUCUCUUGUAGCUCUAUAACAACAAAAGAGGUAGUUGAUCAGCUGGCAAAACUUGUUUGCAACCGGAUGGGGGGGCCAGCCAGCAGAGGAGAAGAUGAUUUCAUUUCCAUCUGGAAGGAAUGCAGUGAUAAUCUAAAAGAUUGCUUAGAAUCUAUUGUGGUUCCAAUAGGCAGCCUAUCCAUUGGUCUAUGUAGACAUAGAGCUUUACUAUUCAAGGUGUUAGCUGACACCAUUGAUUUACCAUGUCGAAUUGCAAAGGGCUGCAAAUAUUGUAAAAGGGAUGAUGGUUCCUCCUGUCUUGUUCGGUUCGGGCUUGACAGGGAGUAUCUAGUUGACUUAGUUGGGAGGCCUGGUUUUUUAUGCGAGCCUGAUUCCUUGCUUAACGGUCCUUCUUCCAUCUCAAUUUCUUCCCCAUUGCGCUUUCCUCGAAUCAAAUCAACUGAAAGUACUGUUGAUUUUAGGCAAUUGGCCAAACAAUAUUUCUUGGACUGCCAAUCACUUAAUCUUGUAUUUGAUGAUGCGUCAACAGGUACUGUUCAUGAUGGUGAAGCUCCUGGAUUUUCCAUGUAUCCUAAAAAAACUGACAGGACAGACUCGGAAAUAAGUAACCAUGUGCAACUCCCAAGUAACAGCAAUGAAAUUUCUCAGUUACCUCUGCCACAGAAAGUUAGUCGGAUAAGUAAUCAUGUGCAACUCCCAAGCAAAGAUUCCAUGUUUUCUGAAGGUAGUCAACUGCUUUCUGGUAAAACAAGUAAAGAACUUUCACUUGAUGCGGAGGAUUCGGAUAUUCCAUGGAAUGAUCUUGUUUUAAAAGAGAGAAUUGGAGCAGGUUCUUUUGGAACUGUCCAUCGUGCUGACUGGCAUGGCUCGGAUGUUGCUGUGAAAAUUCUCAUGGAGCAAGACUUUCAUGCUGAUCGCUUUAAGGAAUUUCUGAGGGAGGUUGCAAUAAUGAAACGCUUGCGGCAUCCAAAUAUUGUUCUUUUUAUGGGUGCAGUUACUCAACCGCCGAACUUAUCCAUAGUGACAGAAUAUUUAUCAAGGGGUAGCUUGUAUAGGCUUUUGCGCAAGUCAGGUGCAAGAGAGGUGCUGGAUGAAAGGCGUCGGUUGAAUAUGGCUUAUGAUGUGGCAAAGGGUAUGAAUUAUCUUCACAAACGUAAUCCCCCCAUUGUCCAUAGAGAUCUAAAAUCUCCUAAUCUUCUGGUUGACAAAAAAUAUACAGUGAAGGUUUGUGAUUUUGGGCUUUCUCGUUUCAAAGCAAACACAUUUCUUUCAUCAAAGUCAGCAGCAGGGACUCCUGAGUGGAUGGCACCUGAAGUUCUCCGUGAUGAACUUUCAAAUGAGAAGUCUGAUGUAUACAGCUUUGGUGUAAUCUUGUGGGAGCUAGCAACAUUGCAGCAACCUUGGAGCAAUUUAAAUGCAGCACAGGUUGUGGCAGCUGUUGGUUUCAAGGGCAAAAGGCUUGAGAUUCCACGGGAUUUAAAUCCUCAUGUGGCUGCUUUAAUAGAAGCGUGCUGGGCCAAUGAACCAUGGAAACGACCUUCCUUCGCCAGCAUCAUGGAUUCAUUGAGGUCAUUGAUUAAACCUCCGACACCCCAGCCUGGUCUUGCGGGCAUGACUUUGCUUGCCUGAAGGAUUGGAACACCGGCAGUCUUAUUUGUGCACAUAAUACAGCAUUCUUUUGAGAUUGGUGUCUGACAGGAAUAACCACUGUCUAAUCGUCUCAGGUGCAAUCCAGCUUGCUAUGCUAACAUUGAAUGAUGCCUGAAUCUGAAGUCAGCAUUACCUUUUCUGCUGCGACAUGUAUUGUUUGCCUAGGUGGGUAAAUUGUAUAAAGUCUUGUAAUUUUGCAUGUAAAGUCUGUAACUUAAAUUAGCUUUAAUGAGAAGUAGCUUCCUCGGCCUAA